AUGACAUCAGUAGAUAGCUUUAAUGCAUACGACGAAUCUAGGAGUAACAUCGACAACAUCCCCAAAGAUGAGCCGUUGGAUAACAAAGACACUCAAAGUUUAGAAGAGGACGUGGAAGAAGAAUUGAAAAACAAAUCAUACAACGAGUAUGUUUUGAUUACAAUCUUGUGUUUUAUGGUUGCUUUUGGGGGAUUUGUAUUUGGCUAUGAUACAGGAACAAUUUCGGGGUUUGCCAACAUGACUGAUUUCAUAGACAGGUUUGGACAAUCUGACGACAAUGGGGCAAAGUAUUUGAGUAAUGUACGAACAGGGUUGAUCAUUUCGAUCUUCAAUAUUGGAUGUUGUGUUGGUGGAUUGAUAUUUUCCAAAGUUGGAGAUAUCUAUGGAAGAAGAAUAGGAUUGAUGUUUUCCAUGGUUAUUUAUGUCAUUGGUAUUAUUGUUCAAAUUUCAUCUCAAACCCAAUGGUAUCAAAUUUGCAUUGGCCGUGCUAUUACUGGAUUAUCAGUGGGAACUGUUUCUGUCAUUUCUCCCAUGUUUAUUUCCGAAUCAUCGCCAAAAGUGUUGCGAGGAACUUUGGUUUGUUGUUUCCAAUUGUGUAUAACUUUGGGUAUUUUCAUUGGAUACUGUUGCACUUAUGGUACUAAGCAAUUGGAAAGCUCGGCACAAUGGAGAAUUCCGCUUGGAUUGUGCUUUCUAUGGGCUAUUAUUUUGGGUGUGGGUAUGUUGUUUAUGCCCGAGUCGCCUAGGUACUUGGUCGAGAAGAAGCGCAUUGAAGAUGCAAGAGCAUCCAUCGCAAAGUCCAACAAGUUAACGAUUGAUGAUAAAGUUGUUAGCUUAGAAUUACAGUUAAUACAAGCGGGCAUUGACAGGGAAGAAUUGGCCGGUAUUGCAUCAUGGAAAGAAUUAAUCACUGGAAAACCAGCAAUUCUCAAACGAGUUUUGACCGGGGUUGCAUUAGCAUCAUUGCAGCAAUUGACGGGUAACAAUUAUUUUUUUUACUUUGCAACAACGAUCUUCAAGGCAGUCGGGUUGGAAGAUUCUUUCCAAACUUCAAUGAUUUUGGGUUGUGUUAACUUCCUUUCCACUUUCGUCAACAUUUGGGCCAUUGAAAGAUUUGGUAGAAGGCUUUGUUUAUUGAUUGGUUCAGCAGGUAUGUUUGUUUGCUUUGUCAUCUAUUCAGUCCUCGGAUCAACUAACUUGUAUGCAACAAGCGAUUUCCAGAACUCACCUACGCAUUUACCAACAGGCAGAGCAAUGAUUUUCAUUACUUGCUUGUACAUAUUCUUUUUUGCAUCAACCUGGGCUGGUGGUGUUUAUGCUAUUUUGUCAGAAACUUAUCCAUUGAGAGUUAGAUCUAAAGCAAUGGCAGUAGCAAUUGGAUCAAAUUGGAUCUGGGGGUUCUUAAUCUCCUUUACAUCUUCGUUUAUCAUCAACUCGAUUCACUUUUAUUAUGGAUUUGUGUUUACUGGGUGUCUUGCAGCCUCAUUGGUGUUUGUUUACUUUUGCAUCAUGGAGACGAAAGGGUUGACGUUGGAGGAAGUUGAUGAAAUGUAUUCACAAGGUAUAUUACCAUGGAAGUCUGGAAAUUGGGUACCACCAUCAUCCGAGGAAAUGGCCACAUCAACAGGUUAUGCAAAGCCUAAACAUGAACACGUAUCUGAUGCAUAG